CCGGCGUUUGCGCGUGUGUGUCGGUGUGUCAACCCGCAGCAGCCUCCUGCGACAUUUUGCUUUUUUCCAAAGCGUUUUUUCCUGUCGACCUGGAAGGCACCCCGAAAAACGUUCCGCAAACGAUUGGGCGGAAGUUUUCCUGGUGAAAAGAUUUUGCUGGUGAAACUGCGCUCAAACUGUGGGCCCCGAAUUUGAUUCCGCGCUCCGAGAUGGCAGGCGGUUCCGGCACGAAGGUGGUCCAGAUCACCAACAUUGCCCCGCAGGCGACCAAGGACCAGAUGCAGAGUCUGUUUGGCCACAUUGGGAAGAUUGACGAGAUUCGGCUGUACCCGACGAUCCGGGACGUGUCCUGUCCGGUGGUGUCCCGGAUUUGCUACGUCAAGUUCUUUGAGACGAGUUGCGUGGCGGUGGCCCAGCACCUGACCAAUACGGUGUUUAUCGAUCGGGCGCUGAUUGUGAUUCCGGUGCAGGGUGGAUUGAUUCCGGAUGAGUACAAGGCGCUGGAGAUGGCCGCCAACGGGACGCUGGUUCCGGGGCUGCACAACAUCGACGGGCCGUGCAAGCUGCCGCCGGAGGUGGUGAACCGCAUCGACGGAAUGGUUCCGAACCAGGUCGUUAAAACCAUCGAUCCGAAGCUGGACGAGAACAAUCUGCCGGAGUAUCCGCCACUGCCGGUCAAUUUUGACGCUAAAAAGAUCGAGGAGACGCGCCGUACCCUGCUCGUGCUGGACGUCAAGUCGGACUGGCGCUUGGAGGAUUUAAUGGACCACUUCAAGGUGGCCGGCGAGAUCAAGUACGCUCGGUUUGCGGACAACGAACGAACACGGUACGCCCUGUUGGAGUUUUGCGAGCAAAAAAGCAUCAUUUUGGGGCUCAAGAUGCAGGGCUCGGAGUUCCGCGGGUACCGGCUGAGUGUGCACCAUUCGACGCAACCGAUCGUGAAGCCGGAAGCGAAGAGCAACGAGGCGGCCCAGAAGGAGAUCGAAGAGGCGAUGUCAAUUGUGAAGGAAGCUCAGAGUAUGAUCUCCGCCGCGAUCGAUCCGGUCAUCGGAAUGCUCAGCAAGGACAACAAGAGCUCGAGCCGGCAUCGUUCGCGCACCAGGUCUCGCUCCAAGGAGCGACGUUCGAGGUCGUACUCUUCCCGGAAGCGCUCAAAGUCACGUUCCAAGCGAUCCAGGUCCCGCAAACGGUCACGCAGCCGCUCACGAAGCCACUCCUCCCGGAAGCGGUCCCACUCGAAGCGCUCUCCCUCGAGAAACAAACGCAGCCGCUCUCGUUCGAGGGACCGCCGCAAGCGCUCCAAGUCGCGUCAUCGUAGCCGGUCGCGUUCUCGUGAUCGUCGCAAGCGUUCCCACUCGAGGAACCGCUCGCGUUCUCGGGACCGCCGUAAUCGCAGUCGCGAUCGUAAAAAGUCGCACCGCAGCAAGGACGAACGGCGGCGUCGCUCGCGUAGCCGGUCCCGAAGCCGCAAGCGCUCGACUUCGCGCAGUCGCAGCAGCCGCAGCACCAAGGAAACGUCUUCGCGAUCCUCUAAAAAGGACCGCAAGAGCCGCUCCCCGGACAAGCGACUGAAGAAGAUCCUAGAGGAAAGCGUCAGCCGAGAUUACGACGCCGAGGAGCGCAUCGGAGGAGACGAGGACAAGGUCGUCUCACCGCCACGGUCUGCAGCAGCAGCAGCAGCAGAUUCAACCCUAGCCCCGCCGCCUCCGGCACCACCGGCAGAAGCGGAUCUUCCGGCGCCAGCACCGGUCGUGGCCCGUGAAAAGACCGCUAGCCCCACGACGGAAAAGUCGGACAACAUGGACAUUUCCAACUCGCCGUAGGUUCACAAAAAAAAAAAUACUGUUCGGGAUUUGUCUGAUUGCUUUUUACGAUUGAUUGUAAACUUCUAUCCAAUGUCUCUUGAAUGUAGUGUGCGCGAGGUCCACGAUUCCGAGUGGAUUCUCUCCUUCUUUUGAAAAACUUUCAUAAUUGUAACCGAUUGGAAAAUGAAACCUAGAUUUGGAAAUCUACCGCAAA